UUUGCAAUUGCAAUCCGUUAUAAUUUCUAACUGCUUCAAUUUAUUAAGUUAUACAUUCUCGUUCUCACUUUCCGUUAUUUUUAUUAUAAUAAUUCAUUUAAACUAUUCUUAUUUAAUUUUAAAUUAUUAAACAAAAAAUGCCAUUUGAAAUAAACGAUGGUAGGACUCCGCCAACCGUAUUGCUCAGCAUGAGUCAGUCUACACCGGGGGGAUUAGAAUAUGAGCGUAAUUCAACCACACCAAUACCACAUGGCCGAAAUCGAACAAUAAUUCACAAAAAUGUCGAGCAAUUCAAAGACGUAUCCAAUCUUAAAGUGAACUACCGCAACAGGCGAAGUUUUACUCCUGUUAAAAACUCCUUGUUUUUGAAAUCACCAGAAUUGUCGCCAAUAGAUACGGCGGCAAAUAGUCAACAUGGUUAUCCAGAAAACGCAAGAUAUUCCUCACCAAAUCUAGAACAGUCGUUGACUCCAGGAGAUUACAAAGUACUUGAACAAUCCCUUACACCGGUUGAAUUUAAGGUUCCACCAUUAUUAUAUAAAACCAAUGAAGGUGAAACUCCGAUUAGACCUCAUCAUUUUCAUAAACAAAACCGUCCUCAUAAAUCAUCAGAAAUCCAAUUGGAAGAUCUAAAUCAGACUCAAAGUCUAGAUAAAUCCGCGUCGCAUGGUUAUUUAAAUCACAAACUGGAAGUUCGUUUGAUUUUGAAAAAUGCAGGCAUGCAGCAGUAUACUGAAGCUUUUGAAAAAGAAAAGAUGGAUUUUGGGAAAUUUCUUUCACUCUGUGAAGAGGACUUAUUGCGAUUAGGAGUGGAACGAAAAGUAGACCGUAAGGUCAUUUUUAAUAUUAUUAGUGAUUUAAAUGCCAAUUGAUUUGUUUUAUUUCGCUGUUUACUAUGUAUAAUAUCUUCUUGUAUAUGAAAAAAUGUAAUAAAUUGUUUUAAUUUUGUAUACAA